AGUUGCAUGAUAUUAUGUCUUGUGCUUAUGCAGGUUAUGCUUCUAUGGGUAGCUGCAUUCUGGUUCAUUGGGUCUUGGGUGAUUCCUUUUGCUGCUUACAUGGCAGGGUUCAGCAAGGAAUCUCUAACAUUCAGAGGGCAAGCCUUAUUCAGCCUUGUGACUGACGUAACUCAAGGCCUUGCCGGGAUUGCAAUACUCCACCGCUGCCUGUCUCGAUUUCAUCCCCUUCCAUCAGAUUGGUUUAAAUUUAGCUCGAGAGGGAAGUGGCUUUUUGAUGUUGCUCUAGGAUGCCUCAUGUUUCCUCUCGUCAAUCGAUUGUCACAGUUUAACCUCAACUUGUUGCCCCUGAUGCCUUCUACUCCUGUAACCCUUUCGAGUGUUGAACAAUCUAUUUUAGCAAGAGAUCCAGUAGCGAUGGCACUAUAUGCGAUUGUUGUUUCAAUUUGUGCUCUUGUGUGGCAGGAGAUAGUUUUCCGGGGUUUCCUUCUCCCUUCCUUGACCAAAUACAUGCCUUUAUGGUGUGCAAUACUGGUAAGCUCAGUUGCCUUUGCUGUGGCACAUUUUAAUGUACAGAGAAUGCUACCGCUUAUUUUCCUGGAAAUGGUGAUGGGUGUUGUUUUUGCACGGUCGAGGAAUUUAUUGCCAUCUAUGCUUCUGCACAGCCUCUGGAACGGCUUUGUGUUCUUGGAUUUAAUUCUAAUGUUCAAGUGA